UUUCUUCCAUGUCAUCUGUGGUCCUCACUCUGCAAAUGGUACUUGCGUUUUUUGGAACGCUUCUUUGGCUGGUAUGGUACAGGGAUCGCCAAACAUCCGCUGAUAACAAUCCAGUUGUGUCUCAUACUUGUCAGCGUCUGUUCUGUGGGCUUUGUUUGGUUCAAUUCAGAAAACAGAACCGUAAAACUGUUCAUCCCUCAAAACAGCAAGGCAAUAGACGACUUGGAGACUGCCGAGAGAUACUUCCGAGUCGACUUUCGAGAGGAAAUCAUCCUACUGGUGGCCUCUCCCAGUAAUCCUAAUCCUCUUUCCCCGAUGUGUUUGAAACAGGCCUUCAGAGCUCACGAUGCAGUCAUGGAGCUGAAAUCGUUUUCAGACCUCUGUGUCACGUUGUCGGGAAACAAAUCCAGGUCAACAAACGGAUGUGCGAUGAUUAAUCCACUAGAAUUUUGCAGUUCAAUGAAAGCAACUUGA